AUGCAAUCAAGAGAUUCAGGAUUUAUUGAACAUUUAAAUAAUUUUAUGUCAAUGAAUUCUCCUGACCAUAAUAAUCCAACUUUACCAUUGGAAAAAAGUUUAAACAUUCCAACUAUUACUAUUGGUGCAUCAGCUGGUGGAAUGAAUAGUGCCACAUAUUCAAUGGCAAUAUAUUAUAUGUCAAGAGCUCAUAAACCAUUUGCUAUUUAUAAUGUAUUUACAGGAUUAACAAGACAUGAAUCAAUUAAUGCAUUAAAUUGGCCAGCAAUUAUUAACUGGAAUAAUGCUAGUGCAUCUGAAUUAGGUACUGAUAGAAAAGUUCCUGAAGAUAGUGAUAUUAGUUUAAUUGCUUUAAUUGCUUAUUAUUCUACAAGAUAUAAAAUUGAUGGUUUGCAGGAAGAUUUGAACCUUAUGUUUCAUUACAUCAAUUGA